AUGUCAGCCAGGAAAGGAAAGAGGAAAGAAUAUCUGACUGUGAAGGAUCUACAGAAGUUUUUGGACUCAUGUAAACUACAUCUGAAUGAAAUAGAUGAGGUGUGGCCGAAAAUAUACAUAGGGAAUGUGGGAGUAGCUCAAAACAGGGCUACCCUGCUGAAACUAGGCAUAACUCAUGUAUUAAACGCUGCACACACCAAGAGAGGCAGCAUAGGGAAUCAAAGCUUUUAUGGCAGCAGUAUAGUGUAUUGUGGCAUUCCUGCAGAUGACUCCACAUACUUUGACCUGGAUGUUUACUUCAAGCCUGCAGCCGAUUUCAUUCAUAAUGCUCUGAAGUCACCUGAUGGGAAGGUUCUGGUGCACUGCAUUAUGGGAAUGAGCCGUUCAUCGACCUUGGUGUUAGCAUACCUCAUGAUCUACCGCCACCUCACGCUCAAACAGGCUUUGCAGAAAUUACUCCAGAAGAGAGCGAUAUACCCCAACAAGAAUUUCCUGGCUCUGUUGCUAGACCUGGAUCUUCAGCUGACAAGGAAAAAGAAAACAUGUCAGAUCCUGUGAUCAAAAUAAGUUCACGUUUUUUUGGUCACACAACAGCAAUAACU